GGAUUUGUAGUUUUAUGAAUGCGGACGCACGUCACUGCGCCGACACGGGAAACACAUGAGUGCGUGCAGUCAAAACAAACUGGAACUUCUGUUUACGUGGAGUUUACGGCUUUAUUUAUCCUGUAAGAGGCUACAAGUCAAAGCACUGGUCCAAAAUGUCUAAGAUUGAAAAGAUGAGUAUUCUAGGAGUAAGGAGUUUUGGAGUUGAGGAUAAAGACGCACAGGUGAUCACCUUCUUCAGCCCUCUGACGGUCCUUGUGGGACCUAAUGGAGCUGGAAAAACGACCAUAAUUGAGUGUCUCAAGUACAUCACUUCAGGAGACUUACCACCAGGAAGCAAAGGAAACACAUUUGUCCAUGAUCCCAAAGAUGCUCAUGAGACAGCUGUACAAGCACAGAUCAGACUCCAGUUUAGAGACAUGAAUGGCAAUCCUAUGGAAGUCCGGAGGUCUAUGCAAAGCACACAGAAGGGCAAGAAAAAUGAGUUUAAAACUCUUGAUGGUGUCAUUACGCGUGGAGGGAAAGAGAGACUGAUCACUAAAUGUGCUGAAAUGGACCAUGAGAUGAUCUCAGCACUGGGCGUCUCCAAGGCUGUUAUCAACCAUGUCAUCUUCUGCCACCAAGAAGAGUCCAACUGGCCUCUCAGUGAAGGAAAGGCCCUCAAGCAGAAGUUUGAUGAGAUUUUCUCAGUCACAAGGUACACAAAUGUAUUGGAUGCCCUGCGGAAGCUGAGGAUAAAGCAGACCAGCAUUGUCAAAACCUGCCACAUGGAGCUCAAGUACCUGAAACAGAACAAAGAAAAAGCCCAAGAAAUUAGAGAGCUGCUGUCCACUAAAGAGGCUCAGCUGUCUUCCUCUAUAGAGAGCGUCCAACACAUCGAGAGUCAGAUUGACACACUGAAGAAUCGACUGAAUGACAUAGACAGCAGCCUCAGCAAAGUGACGAAGUUGGAUAAUGACAUCAAAGCUCUGGACAGCAGGAAGAAACAGAUGGAGGAUGAUAACCGGGAACUAGAGGAAAAGAUCAAGCAGGUGUUUCAGGGCUCAGAUGAUCAGCUACAGGACAUGUAUCAGAACCACCAGAGGACUGUGAAGGAGAAGGAACAUAGACUUACGGAGUGCCAGCAUGAGCUUGAACGGGCUGGCCGAGACUGCCAGAGGAUGAACCACAUUAAAUCUGACCUGCUAGUUGAGCAAGGCCGUCUGCAGUUGGAGGCAGAUAGGCACACACAAAACAUUAAAAAGAGGGACACCCAGGUCAAGAGUUUAGCAUCUUCCCUGGAGUUGGAGGGUUAUGACCGGACCCCUCUUAAUGAGCGACAGGUCCAGAGCUUCCACAGACAAGUCAAAGAGAGACUGGACCAGGACUCAGAGGCAUUCAACCAAACAAUGCAUGAUAUUGAGGAGAAAGAGACACAGAAGCAGCAAUGCAUUGAUGAUCUCCGUGAUAAGAAGACAGGUCUAGAGAGAACCAUUGAGCUGAAGAGAGACAUACAGGCCAAGAAACAACAGGAACUGAAAAAUAUCAAGUCUGACCUCCAAAGACUGGAGGGCUCCUCAGGCAGACUACAAGAGCUGGACACUGAACUUCAGAAAGCGGAGCAUGAGCUUGAUAAUGCUGUGCAGGCCUGUACGGUGGACAGUUUAAAGGCAGAGGUAAUUGAACUACAGAAGGAGAAAACUAAACUGGAUCAGGCCCAGCGCAGGCUAGACCAGGAGAUGGAAUUGCUUAACACACACACUGCGGCAUGCACACAGAUGGACAUGCUCAAGAAGACCAAGAUUGAAAAAGAGGAGCAAGUGAGGAAGAUCAAGUCGAGACAUAAUGAAGAGCUGGUGUCUCUGCUGGGACACUUCCCAAGCAAGAAAGAGCUAGAAGACUGGAUCUACUCCAAAACCAAAGAGAUCAACUCCACCAGAGAACGGCUCAGCAAAAUGAAUAAGGAGCUUGCAUCUGGAGAACAGAACAAGACUCACUUUACUGCAGAGAUCAAACACAAGGAAGAGCAGCUGGCUAGUUAUGAAGAGAGACUUUUUAAUGUGUGUGGCAGUCAGGACUUUGAAUCGGACUUGAACAAACUAAAGGAUGAGUUGGAGAAGUGUUCCAAACAGAUAGCCAUGCUGACGGGGGCGACAGCCGUGUACAGUCAGUUCAUCAGUCAGCUAACAGAGGAGGGCGAGCCCUGCUGUCCCGUAUGUCAGCGUGUGUUCCCAUCAGAGGCAGAGCUCCAGGACGUCAUUAAUGACAUGCAGUCCAAGCUGCGACUCGUCCCGGACAAACUAAAGAACACUGAGCAUGACCUGAAGAGGAAGGAGCAUAGGCAUGAAGAAAUUAUCGCACUGAAGCCAAUCAGGCAAUAUACAGUGGAGCUCCAGGAGAAAGAGCUGCCAGAGCUCAGAAAUAAACUCCAGCAUGUGAAUCGAGACAUUGAGAAGCUGAAAGGCGACACUGAGGAGCAGGAGACACUGCUCUGUACACUGAUGUCUGAGGAAGAAACAGCCAAGGCCUGUCUGCAGGACAUAUCACACAUGGAUCGCUAUCAGCUUGACCUGAAGGAUGUAGAGAGGAAGAUCGCUCAACAUGCAGCCAAGCUGCAGGGAGUUGACCUCAGCCGUACCAUGCAGCAGGUCAGCCAGGAGAAACAAGAGACCCAACACCGCCUGGACAUCACCUGCAGUAAGAUCGAGCUGAAGAGGAAACUGAUCCAGGACCAACAGGAUCAUAUCCAGGCCUUGAGGAGCAGCGUAAAUGAGAUUCGUGGAGAAAAGCUCCAGAUCUCCAGCAAUAUGCAGAAACUUCAACAGUUGGAGGAGCAGUGUGUGGAGUUCACCACUGAGAUCCAGACACUCCACAGAGACAUUCAAGAUGCAAAGGAGCAGGUGUCUCCUCUAGCUGCCACUCUAGAGAAGCUCCAGCAGGACAAACAGGACCUUGCUGAGCACAGGAGGCAGAAACAGGAGGAAGGACAGGAAAAGAUCAAUGCAAUCAAGGAAAAAGUUAAAAACUUGACCCUCCUUGAAGGAGAGAUUACCAAGUACAUAAAAGAUGGCAAAGACAGCUACAAAGAGAAAAAAGAAACUGAACUACAAGAGGUAGACAAACAACUACAUGAGGCUGAAAAACAGCGAGAGAAGAUCAAUAAAGACAUGGGCAACAUUCGACAAGAUAUUGACACUCAGAAGGUUCAAGAGCGCUGGCUACAGGACAACUUGACCUUACGGAAGCGCGUGGAGGAGCUGAAAGAGGUGUCCAGGGAACAUGAAGAAUUACUUAAAGAGAUGGGCAACAUGCAAGAUCUGCAACUGAGCAAUGAUCGGCAAGAAGUGGAGCGAAAGUUGGAGGACCUGAAAAAGAACCGCAGUGUGGCUCUCGGUCGUCAGAAGGGCUACGAGGACGAGAUCCUCCGUUUUCGUAAAGAGCUCAGAGAGGACCAAUAUUGUCGGGCCGAGGAUCUCUACAGAGACAAAAUGAUUGUGAUGAGAACAACAGAGUUGGCCAGUAAGGACCUGGACAUCUACUAUAAAGCCCUAGACCAAACAAUAAUGAAGUUUCACAGCAUGAAGAUGGAGGAGAUUAAUAAAAUCAUCAGAGAUUUAUGGCGGAGCACAUACAGAGGACAAGACAUUGAAUAUGUGGAGAUACGCUCUGAUGUGGAUGAAAACGCCUCUGCUGGCCUGAAAAGAAGGACCUAUAACUAUAGAGUGGUAAUGGUCAAAGGAGACACUGAUUUGGACAUGCGUGGACGUUGCAGUGCUGGACAAAAGGUUCUCGCCUCUCUCAUCAUACGGUUGGCUCUGGCUGAGACGUUCUGUCUGAACUGUGGGAUUCUGGCACUGGAUGAGCCCACCACCAACUUAGACAGAGAGAAUAUAGAGUCUUUGGCACACGCACUGGUGGAGAUAAUCAAGAGUCGUUCUCGGCAGCGUAACUUCCAGCUUCUUGUUAUCACCCACGAUGAGGAUUUUGUGGAGCUCCUAGGACGAUCCAACUAUGUGGAGCAUUUCUACAGGAUCAGGAAGAACCAGGACCAGUGUUCAGAGAUCACAAGGUGUAGCAUCAACACUCUCAACUCCUACCUGCACUGAUGCAUCAGAUCAGAUGAGAGAAGAAAGACCGUUAGUCUACAGAGGUGACAGAAUCAAAGUUCAGUUUUUGGACAGCUGUUAAGCAUGACAUUAACAAAA